GUAGUCCGCCAUUUAAAAAAGAAGAAGAAAAAGGAGACUCUCGCGAUAUCUGUGUAAGUAGCCGGCAGCGACCCGAUACACAAGGUCAAUACCCAUGUGUCUGAGCUGCUGCCGUCACUGACUGUGACCAGAGCAGAGCAGUCCGUUACAGAAGAACUUUCUAGAAGCAGCGACCGAGCUGUCCGCUCCUCCGGUUAGUCAGUAAACAGCUUAGUGAAGUCUCAGAGAUGGCGAGAGGAAGCCGCAGCCGCCCCUCAGCUCCAGCCAGCCCGGCUGUAUCCAGCGCUCCGGCCCACACUCAUCCUCCUCCCAGCGCCCUGGCCUCGGCUCCAGCUCCUUCCCAGGGUCCGGGCCUCAUGGCCCAGAUGGCUACCACUGCGGCUGGGGUGGCAGUAGGCUCAGCUGUGGGCCAUGUUGUUGGCAGCGCCCUCACAGGAGCAUUUAGUGGCAGCAGCAGCAGCAGCAGCUCAGAGCCAGCCAAGCCUACACUCCAGGAGCCCCCCAGACCUGCUCCAGCCCAGCCAGGCCCCUGUCACUUUGAGGUCAAACAGUUCCUGGACUGUGCCACCAACCAGACUGACCUGAGUUUAUGUGAGGGCUUCAAUGAGGCGCUUAAACAGUGCAAGUACUCCCACGGAGUGACAUCACUGGUUUGAAGGACAGGUGUCAGCUGUAAUUAUGGACAUAUUUUAAUUAUUGAAACAUUCUGUAGACAUGACCACAUAAAACAAAUGUGAACACUAAGCAUGCUGGCUUGUUGAUGAUGAUGAUGUUUGUAUGUACAGUGAUAAAACCUUUUAAUAAAUGGCUGCUAUCUACUUGAA